AAAAAAACAGUUAAGCUCAUCUGGAAGGAAAUUAAAGAAGAUCGAAUGCUUCUAGCUCGUAUUAAGAAGCAACAUACGAUAUGGGAUGAACUCUGUUCGGAAGAGAUCGACACGGCCAAGCUAGAGGAGCUAUUCGAAAACAAAGCCAAAGACCUUAUGAAACAGAAACAAGAAGGUAAAAGGAAUGAGAUUACAGUAUUAGAUGCGAAACGAUCGAAUGCAAUCAACAUCGGCAUGACAAAGUUACCGAAUCCUCGGACGAUUCGGGCGGCGAUCCUAAAGAUGGACUCCACAGUCAUGAACCGGGAAGGCAUCGAGAGAAUCCUUACGGCGACGAUACCGUCGGCUGAGGAGAUGAACAAAAUGGUCGAGGCUCAAAUGGCCAACCCAGAGGUGCCGCUUGGCAAUGCCGAAAACUUGCUACUGACGCUGUCGUCCAUUACCGAGCUCGAGCCACGGCUCAAAUUAUGGGCUUUCGUGCUGGACUAUAACAUACUAGAAAAAGAGGUAGCGGAACCGCUUACGGAUUUAAAACAAACGAUAGCCGAAAUCGAGAGUAACAAAACAUUUAGAAUUAUCCUCUCGACGGUUCUUGCAAUUGGAAACUUCCUCAAUGGGUCGCCAGUGAAAGGCUUUCAGUUUGACUACCUUGCCAAGAUUCCAGAAGUUAAGGACACGAUAUACAAGCAUAGUCUUCUAUUUCACGUAGUGGAAUUCGUGUCAGCACGACAUCCUAACUCAAGUGAUCUCUACUCCGAGAUGGCAGCAGUAACGCGCACCUCAAAAGUGGACUUCGAGGAAACGGCGAAAACGCUGAAUAAGUUAGAAACAGAUUGCAAGGCCUCGUGGGAACAUUUGAAAGCUGUAGCGAAGCAUGAUGGUCAACAGAGUCUUGAUAUGAUUGCCUCGUUUCUCUCCGACAGCGCUGAGCGUAUCACAGUCCUUGGCGUCAUCUAUAAAAGGGUUAUUAACAGGUUUCACAAACUGAUGGUAUUUUUUGGUCAUCCGCUCUAUACGAUUAAGGAUGCUAAACCGCACGCCAUCUGCAAGAUCGUCUCAGAAUUCGCACUUGAGUAUCGUACAACUCGCGAAAAGAUUCGUGAACAGAAUGAGAAAAAACGCAGAGAGGCUGAACGGGCAAACAGAAUCAGCAGACGAAGUGUUGAUUCGUGUGGAGCGGCUCCUGAACGUGCAAGUGUUGUACCGCGUGAAGCAAGAAGGGAGUACCUGUCGGGCUCGGAUGGUGACGAGCUUAUCGAGACUUUAAUACGAACUACGUCACAGGCCCCGUCGCAGCGCAGUCUCGAAAAACAAAGAAGGGAGGAGCUGGCUAGAGACGAUCACUUCGACAAGCCCUUCAGGGAGGUGAUCUUUGUCGUGAAGAGCGAAGGAAUUGCCCCUACAUGUCUUCUUAGACUAGAGUAG